CCUUUUUCCGUUGACUUUUGAGUCUUCAGCAAAAAGAUAAAACUUUCCGUUCAGUACAUAAAAUUAAUAAUUACAUCUGCAUUUUUUUUUCCCUUUCUAAAAUAAGAUUCACUUUUACGAAUGAGCUGAAGGAAAAAAAUAAGCAGAAAGGAAAAAGUUACAAAGAAAAUAACUUCAGAGAUUUUCUCUGCGUCUUGAAAAGACACUUUGAAAUUUCUUUGUUUUAUUUGUUCCAUUGGGCUCAAUAACAUUGCUUCAUUCACUAACAUAAACAAUAAAAUUUUUCAUUAACAUUUUAGGGAUCUGUUACUUGAAGUUUAUUUUAGAUAAUGAGUUUAGACAACAUUCAUGAAGAAUUGAGAAUUGCUGAAGAACAGCUUCGACAGCGGCAGCAGGCUCAGCAAGUGGAAAUGGAACAAAUGGAGCUCCGACGAGCACAAUACAUCAAUCAAAUAAUCAGCGCAAACAAGGUCCCCGACAACAUCAAGUUGUUGCCAGAAUUUGAUGGCGAUUCAAAGAAGCUUAAGGAAUGGAUUGACCAGGUGGAUGACAUCGUUGAGGGUUUUCGAGCCUUUCAUCAGGAACCUUUUUGGCGAGACUGGCUUCGAAAAAUCAGGAAUAAAAUUAUCGGCAAAGCAAGUGACGCGCUUAAUCAGAAUAACACGGCGAACAACUGGGAUGAUAUUCGUGAAACAUUGAGAGAAUACUUCCAAGACCCUAGAGAUUUGUCGACCUUAUGUCAAGGCAUUCCCUAUUUAAAACAAGGUUACCGGUCUGUACUGGAUUUCUAUAAAGAGGUGUCAGAAUUAACGGCACAAAUUAAUCAGAAAAUUUCUGCUGAACCCCGGUACGAAGGGCAUACCAACGCGGUCACACAUUUCGCUUCUCAAUUAACAAAGAACGCAUUUAUUGAUGGGUUGAAUUACCCAUACUCAGCAUUAACUAGAAAUGCGAAUCCAGCAACACUAGUUGCUGCUUUUCGAGCUGCGGAAACACAGUUUAUGGCCGAUGCGCGUAUCAGGUCAAAGAACACUCUCGCGAAGAAAUUUUCAGACUCCUCUAAACCAGCUCAAUCUUAUAAUUCUUAUCGUUUGCCCGGCAAUUCAGGUAUCAGAUACUCUGAUAAAAGUAAUUUCACUUCAAACAAUUUUACUCCUAAUUUUAAAA